AUGGACUCACCAUCGUCGCAUGGUCAAAAGCGCAAGGCGAACGAAGAAAGCUCCGAUGAAGAUGCGCGCGCAACUACCGGCUUUCGUGGCUUCAAACGCGCUGUCCCGCGCUCCGAAUCACCCCCUGCCAUGGGAGGCUUAGGAAGCUCGAACCGAAAUUCCUGGAAUAAUGCGGCAAACCAAAGCACGGCGUCUCAAGGAGCUAAUUCGUUUGCUGCGCGCAUGAUGGCCAAAAUGGGAUACGUGGAAGGUCAAGGUCUUGGAUCUCGCGGAGAAGGUAUCGUCAACCCCAUCGAGGCACAGGCACGUCCCCAAGGUGCAGGCCUAGGUGCUGUCCGCGAGAAAACAAAACAAGCACGGCAAGAAGAAAAGCGCGAAGCGGCACGCCGUGGCGAACGUAUCGACGAUAGCUCCGACGAGGAUACUCUCAAACAGCGAAAGAUAAAGCGCAAGCUGGAGGGUGAAACCCACCAGGGUCGCAGCGGCCCUGGCACGCCUACUGCGCGGUCCAAGCCCAAGUAUCGCACUGCGCGCCAGCUGGAAGAAGCGCUGGGAGGCCUUGAGGUGCCGAACGUUUUCAAGGAUAUGAUAAACGCUACGGGCAAAGAAUUCAAGGGGAUGGAAAACCGGACUCAGUUCCUUACGGAGGGAGAAAGUCAACGCGCGCAGCUUGAAAGACGUCUUCGAAUGGACAUUGAAGCCGGUGCGGAUGCAUGGAAGGCCCAAAAGGACCGAGAGAAAUACAUGGAGGAAGAAGAGGCGAGACUCAUGGAGGAGAUUGAUGAAUCGGCCGCCGAAAUUGAUACGAUGGAGAAGUUUCUCGCCGCCCUAGGAGAUUUGAAGAUCGCUCAACAAGACGAGAUCAGCGAAACGAAAUUCGAUCAGAUGGUUAGCAAGGUUCAAUCUCUGGCAGCCACGUAUCAGGCAUCCAUCGAAGAAUCCUAUUUCAGAGAAGCCGCUGUUGCGGCAUUGCACCCAGUCUUUAAGGAAGCCGUGGCGAUAUGGGAACCCCUGCAAAACCCAAGGUUCCUUGUUAACUCUAUGGAACGCGCCCGCCCCAUCCUAUGCUCCCGAGAAGAGAUUGAGGAGCCCCUUCGCCAGCGACAGAAAACGACGCUCUACGAAUCGAUUUUCCUCUUCAUUUGGCUGCCGAAAGUCCGCAGCGCAAUCACGAACCAUUGGGACGUGUAUGAUCCCUCGCCCGUGACUGAUUUGAUGGAUGCUUGGAAGAGUGUCCUCCCGGCAUGUGUCUAUUCCGACAUUCUGGAACACUCCAUUGUCCCAAAGCUCGAUGCUACAAUGAAAUUGUGGAAGCCAAAGCAAAGCCGUCGCGAACAUGAGAGCCAGCAGGAUGGCAAGUUCCCCUAUUGGCUGUUUGCCUGGCUUCAAUAUCUUGGUGACCGUCAUACCGACCCGAAAAGCCCUAGUGGCCUCAUGGCUGAUGCCAAGAGAAAAUUUCGUGAAAUCUUGGACUCGUGGCCUCUGCGGAAGGGUCUUAUCCAAGGUUUGGAGCUUUGGCAAUUUGCGCUGGGCUCGGAGUUUGAUACGUGCAUGAUCAAUCAUCUGCUGCCCCGUCUUGCCCGGCACCUGCGCGGACACUUCACCAUCAAUCCCCAGGACCAAGACAUGAGGGCUCUCGAGAAUGUUCUACAGUGGCACGAAAUGUUCAAGCCCAACGUCCUCGGUCUCUUGUUUGUCCAGGAGUUCUUCCCGAAGUGGCACGAGAUCCUUUAUCUCUGGCUCACCAACGAUCCCAACUACGAAGAAGUGGGCGCGUGGUUCUCUUGGUGGAAGACUCAGCUGCCAGAGAAGGUCAAUGAGCUCACCAUUGUAGAUGACGAGUGGAACAAGGGCCUCAAAACCAUGGACCUUGCCUUGCAACUCGGCGAUCGCGUGGCGGCCGAACUACCAAGACCCGUUGCCACUGCGUCCGCUAAGCCUCCACCCCAGAAAGGCGCCACGGCGGCCCCUGCUACAGCGGCAGCAUCUACUGUACGUUCCAAGCCCCGGCAGCGCGAAGUGGAGGACGUUUCUUUCAGAGACAUUGUGGAAGCCUGGUGUGAGGAACAAGGGCUUCUCCUGAUGCCAAUUCGAGAGGCACACCCUGAUAAUGGGCAGCCUUUGUUCCGUCUUAGCAAGAACGCGACGGGCAAGGGCGGCGCUAUUCUGUUCCUUCUAGGUGAUGUGAUUUGGGUGCGAAACAAGCGGAGCAAUGAUGUUUACAUGCCCGUGGGUCUGGAAGAUCGCCUGAUCGAGUUUGCGGAGGGACGCCAGAAAAAGUAA